AGCGGAUUGGUCGGAAAGUAGGUUAGUGGUGCGACAUUUAGGGAAGGCAGAAAGUAGGUCAGGGACGGAGGUGCCUGUUUACCCGCGCCGGACUCACCGCCGCCGCCGCCGCGGGAUCCGAGUGGGGGCGCGGACGCGGGCGCUCCCGCGAGCCACGGUGGUGCUGACUAGAGUGCACGCAUUUGGACCCAAGCUUAACUUUUCAAAUGUGGAAUCCUAGGCCUUCACUGGUUUCUGGAAGAAGUUGACUGCCCGAAAGGAAACUACAAAACAUGAAAAUCGCUUUGAGGUGACCGAUAAGCCCCGUGGCCCCUUGCUUCUCUCGCAGUGGAUCUGAGCUUUAAGAACUCUAACUUCAGAUGAAGCAACCUGAGCCCAGGGAGAGGGAGUGAGCGCCCGGGUCACGUGGUGUGGAGCUCGGCCCGUCCUCGGGCAGUGCGCGGCCCUCUCAACUCGGCUUGGAUUUGCAGUCCCUUGCAAGGUCCCGACCUCCAAUGGCCGACCAGAGAAUGGACAUUUCUUCAACAAUCAGUGACUUCAUGUCCCCGGGCACCACCGACCUCCUCUCCAGCCCCCUGGGCCCCAGCGGCACGGAUUGCAACCGCAAGCGGAAAGGCAGCUCCACCGACUACCAAGAAAGCAUGGACACGGACAAAGAUGACCCUCACGGAAGGUUAGAAUAUACAGAGCACCAAGGAAGGAUCAAAAAUGCAAGGGAAGCUCACAGCCAGAUUGAAAAGAGGCGUCGGGACAAAAUGAACAGUUUUAUUGACGAAUUGGCGUCUUUGGUACCUACGUGCAAUGCCAUGUCCAGGAAAUUAGAUAAGCUCACUGUGCUAAGGAUGGCUGUUCAGCACAUGAAAACAUUACGAGGUGCCACCAAUCCAUACACAGAAGCGAACUACAAACCAACUUUUCUGUCAGAUGAUGAAUUGAAACACCUCAUUCUCAGGGCAGCAGAUGGAUUUUUGUUUGUCGUAGGAUGUGACCGAGGGAAGAUACUCUUUGUCUCAGAGUCUGUCUUCAAGAUCCUCAACUACAGCCAGAACGAUCUGAUUGGCCAGAGUUUGUUUGACUACCUGCACCCUAAAGAUAUCGCCAAAGUGAAGGAGCAGCUCUCCUCCUCGGACACGGCGCCCCGGGAGCGGCUCAUAGAUGCAAAAACUGGACUUCCAGUUAAGACAGAUAUAACCCCUGGGCCGUCUCGAUUAUGUUCUGGAGCACGACGUUCUUUCUUCUGUAGGAUGAAGUGUAACAGGCCUUCGGUAAAGGUUGAAGACAAGGAUUUCCCCUCUACCUGCUCAAAGAAAAAAGCAGAUCGAAAGAGCUUCUGCACCAUCCACAGCACAGGGUAUCUGAAGAGCUGGCCGCCCACAAAGAUGGGGCUGGAUGAAGACAGUGAACCAGACAACGAGGGCUGUAAUCUCAGCUGCCUUGUCGCAAUCGGACGACUACAUUCUCACGUGGUUCCACAGCCGGUGAACGGGGAAAUCAGGGUGAAGUCUAUGGAAUAUGUGUCUCGGCACGCGAUAGACGGGAAGUUUGUUUUUGUAGACCAGAGGGCAACAGCUAUUUUGGCAUAUUUACCGCAAGAACUUCUAGGCACAUCAUGUUAUGAAUAUUUUCACCAAGAUGACAUAGGACAUCUCGCAGAAUGUCAUAGGCAAGUUUUACAGACAAGAGAAAAGAUUACGACUAAUUGCUAUAAGUUUAAAAUCAAAGAUGGUUCUUUCAUCACGCUGCGGAGUCGAUGGUUCAGUUUCAUGAACCCUUGGACCAAGGAAGUAGAAUACAUCGUCUCAACCAACACUGUUGUUUUAGCCAACGUCCUGGAAGGCGGGGACCCAACCUUCCCACAGCUCACAGCGUCCCCCCACAGCAUGGACAGCAUGCUGCCCUCUGGAGAAGAUUCCUUUGUUGUAGGUGGCCCAAAGAGGACCCACCCCACUGUUCCAGGGAUUCCAGGGGGAACCAGGGCUGGGGCAGGCAAAAUAGGUCGAAUGAUUGCUGAAGAAAUCAUGGAGAUCCACAGAAUAAGAGGGUCAUCGCCUUCCAGUUGUGGCUCCAGCCCAUUAAAUAUCACAAGUACACCUCCCCCUGAUGCCUCUUCUCCAGGAGGCAAAAAGAUUUUAAAUGGAGGGACUCCAGACAUUCCUUCCAGUGGCCUACUACCAGGGCAGGCUCAGGAAAACCCAGGUUAUCCAUAUUCUGAUAGUUCUUCUAUUCUUGGUGAGAACCCUCACAUAGGCAUAGACAUGAUAGAAAACGACCAAGGCUCAAGCAGUCCCAGCAAUGAUGAAGCAGCAAUGGCCGUCAUAAUGAGUCUCUUGGAAGCAGAUGCUGGGCUGGGAGGUCCUGUUGACUUCAGUGACUUGCCAUGGCCGCUGUAAACACUACAUGUUGCUUUGGCAACAGCUACAGUAUCAAAGUGCAUUACUGGUGGAGUUUUACAGUCUGUGAAGCUUACUGGAUAAGGAGAGAACAGCUUUUAUGUACUGUCCUCAUAAAAGCCACCUCAGAGCCAUUGAUACAAGUCAAUCUUACUAUGUGUAACUUCAGACAAAGUGGAACUAAGCCUGCUCCAGUGUUUUCUCAUCAUUGAUUAUUGGGCUAGCUGUGGAUAGCUUGCAUUAAUUGUAUAUUUUGGA